AUGUCAGAGUCGGGUCACGAUCAUUUCAAAUGGGAUAGCAUUAAAACUUUUGUAUAUUUUGCGUUUGCGUUUUCAUCGUCGACUUUUACUUUCGACAUGUUUUCAAAGAUAGUGGAUAAUAUAAGAUUAUUUGAUUUCAUAUUGAUACAGAUCACAAUCGGAAUGUCGUAUAUGUUUAUGGAUUGCUUUAUAAGGCAGUACACGAGGAAACUCGACUUUACCCAGUCGCUUAACCCGUUAUUGAAAGGGAUUACAUAUGGGGCUAUAAUCCAAUCUGCAAUGUGGGCAUUGUUGCAUGCGCGUGACUUGGCUGAUUCAUUUGAGUACUUAGCAAUGAUUUUGUUAGCACGACCCUUUAAUGCCUGCAAAGCGGGAACUCAUAAAGCUAAUGAAUGCUUGGAUUACAUAUAUAUCACUUUAGCUUGCAAUAUUGGUAAAAAAACACCAAUGAACUCUACAUCCGUACAUAUUUAUUACACGAAAAGCUUUACACAUAAUAUGCAGAGAGGAUCUACGACCAAAGUUUUCGCUCUGGCUGUAGUUUGGAUAUCAAAUUUUUUCUUCACUACUGUAUCGGAUGAAACGCUUUUAUUGAUAUCAAAAAUAUCAUUUUUGUGGAGAACUUGGUCAACAUGUUUCCUCGCCGUAGUUGUGUCUUUCUCUGCGCAAAAUAUGACCACAAUAGUCCUAGGUGAAAUCAUGAAUUUGAAUUCGCCUUCUUCUUAUGGGCAUUCAAUUGAUCUCGUGACUCACAUCUAUGGAAUAGGUAACAUUGGCGUGUAUGACUUUCAGAUGAUAUCUCCAUACACUAUGGUCGAUAAUGCUGUGAUUAUAUUCACCGUAAUUUUCACCCUGAUGGGUAUUCUCAGAUCAUAUAUCAUGAGAAUCCUUUACAAGCUGAUGUUGAAAUGCAUUACGGUGGAUUUGAAGCAGAUAUCUUAUCACUAUCUGUUAUUCGGCAUCCUACCCUUGGCUGCGGAUUUCCUGAACGCUCACAGACUAUACCUCUUUGUAAUAUAUGGAAACAUUAUGAUAGCUACAAUAGCAUAUUUGUCAACGACAACAUUGGCAAUAUCAAAACUACUACAUCGAGAAUUUAGAAGAUUGAAGAACAUUUACAUAGUUGGAAUAUUAUGCUUUGUGGGAUUCGCGACUUCUGUACCUUUGGUUUUGGCAGACGCUGCAAUGUAUAACACUAAAGUUCAGGGUUUAGCUUAUGGUGUGCAUAUGACAGUUCUUUACGUUGGAGGGUUUAAAGUGGCCCUGGUAAUGUGGAUAUACGGAGUGAAAAGAUUCUCAAAAGACAUACACUUUUGGCUUGACUUCAAACCGACAAAAUUUUGGAUUGUGUGUUGGUCGAUAAUGCCCAUUAUUUUAAUCGGGUUUCUGAUGCAUCGUAUACUUAAAUUGACUGGCAUGACCGAUUUUCCGGAAAUGUUAACAGCGGCACUUUGGUUUGGCAUCUCAAUAAUAUUAAUAGAUAUAUUUCAAUUAAGAACAAUAACCAAAUAUAUGGUGGCAAAUCAUUUUGUCAAUGCCUUCAGAAGUUCACGGAAUUAUGGACCGCCCGAGCAAGAGGACAGGGAGAGAAGAAGGAACUUUAACGAAACAUUACGAUUAAGAAAAUGCAAACACAGCUGCAGAGUAUUUGAUGACACCUAUGAUUGCAAUCACAUGCCAUUAAUGUCCAGGGCUAGUCUGGAAACAUCCGAUGUGUCCUUGGGCUCCUCCAGGGACGAACUUAUGAAUAUCUACGAAGCUUCCAGAUCAAAGAAAGAAUUCAGAACAUCCACAGGUGCCGUCGACGUUGUCCAUUCAUAGCAGUGUUGCCCUUUUAAUGUUUUUA